AUGGCGCUACUAUUGACCGCGAACGUGGCUGGAAGGACGAAUGGACGCAAUGUCGCCAGGUUGUUGCAGAAUCAGUUCCCAGCUGGACCGAGAGCUUUUCGUGUUCCCGGUGUUGACUCACUCAACCAUGCGCGUGGACAACCGGUCUCGUGGCUUGUAACACGUACCGCUAGCAUUAGCGGCCAAGAACUGUUUAAUAAUUAUGGUCUCAAGCCCAACUCGGAACUCAUAUUAGGAUACGGCUUCUCCCUCCCUCAUAAUCCAGAUGACACAAUUGUCCUGAAGGUCGGAGGCAUUGAAGGGAGAUGGGAGAUUGGCCGUGACGCCCAAGGGGCAGAUGGACUCUGGAAAGUAAUCCUUUCAAAAUUCGUCGAGGCAAGUGAUGCAACAUACGAAGAUAUCCUAGAUGCAUCCGGAAUGUUGCAAGAGAUGUUAGAGUCUCUGAUAGAAAAGCUGCCAGAGGAAGAUAUCGCAGGAAACAUUGAAGUCCGUGCAGAUGUCGUGGAGAUGUUUCAUCAUUAUCUUGAGGGUAUGUCGAAUUUGGUAGCUGAAAAACCCCCUGAAGCCCGUUCCCAGGUCAAAAUGCCAUUCUUCGCUCUUUGGUAG